AUGUAUCCUUCAAGCAACAUUGAUAACCCUUUUGACUCUUUGUUCAAGAGGUCUUUUCCAUUUGAUCAAAAACCUAGCCCAAAACAAGACGAUCCUUCACUUUUCUACCACGUCCCUUCACCAUUUCUGGAUGACAAUGAAAUUCCCUUGAAUAAAAUAUCAUUUCAAAAUCAGCCCAUGACUUUGCGUAAUUGGAUAGCUCACGAUUACCAGAUAGAAACCUAUCUUGAUAGUACAAAAAAAGGAGCAACAAAAGGCAGCAAUAUUGAUCCCUUCAACUUGAAUGAAAAGUCAAUUGAAUCAAUUCCUAAUGAGGCGAUUACACUUUCGAGGAAAAAUCUUGGGCCACUACUGUUAAAGAGAACCGGGAAAAAGGAUAGGCAUAGCAAGAUUUGUACAGCACAGGGGGUGAGAGGCCGGAGAAUGAGGUUAUCGCUUCAAGUUGCGCGAAAGUUCUUUGGUCUUCAAGACUUGCUAGGCUAUGAUAAAGCAAGCAAAACAAUAGAAUGGCUUUUUACUAAAUCGAAGAAGGCAAUUAAGGAGCUGAGCAAAAACAAUCCAAAAGUAAAGAUCAAUUCUAUCAUUGACGAUUUAAAUUCUGAAUAUGACACGGUGUCAGUAAUAGAAGAGAAUUCGAUCAAUGCACACAAAGGAGUUGCAAGAAAAAAUGCAAGUACAGAAAGAAAGAAAAAUGACAAGAAACCGCAAAAAUCUGUGUAUAAACCUAAUUCGAGGGAGUCCCGGGACAAGGCAAGAGCAAGGGCAAGGGAUAGAACACGAAAAAAAAUGAUAAUCGAUGGCCUUGAAAAUUCGAAUAAGUGGUUUGAUUCAAACCCUAAUGAUUUUCAACAAUUAAGGCCCUUUGGUAGUUCUUUUGAAGCUGUUGAAGAAUCAAGUUCUCAAAAUCAGAAGCAUGAUGCCUAUACUAACUCACUGGAAAAUCAAUUAUCUGAUGUGGGAAUAAUUGAGAAAUUCCUGGGAAAUUCAAGCACAAAUUCUUGGGCUGUCGAUGAUUAUUCCAACAACAAUUUCAUUGGAUUUCUUGGAAAUUGGGAUGUGAAUAAUGAUAGAAUCAACUCAGAAAUGACAAACAUGGUUUCAUUUGCAGGUAACCCCAGUUCUGUCUAUAUUCCCACCUCCAGUGUUCCAUUCCAGCAAUAA